AUGCGCGUGUCCGUGGCGUUGAUGGUCCUGGUAGCGUCGUUCCUGACAUCGCGGGUCUGCACCCACAUAAUCGAAUGGCGGGAAGCGAAAAGAGAGGGACCGAUACGGGAUGCGAUCGAGAGCGGCGCCGCCGCCGAGUACAAUAAGUACGAUUGCACCUGGAGGCGCGGAAACGACCGUGAUGUCUGCCCAGAUCCGGACGUGCAUGUAUACCUGUAUACACCGGGUCGACCACGACGGCUGCUGGACCCCUUGGAGCAGUCUGACUGGCUACGGCGGGAUUACGAGCCCACCAAGGAUAACGUGAUCCUGGUUCACGGAUACGCAGGUGGUGACGAUACAUUACCGAUGACAAUUUUACGUGACGCUUACCUGAAGAACGGCAACUAUAACGUAUUUCUGGUCGAUUGGGGUGCAUUAUGCGCUCGACCGUGUUAUCCAGCUGCGGUGGCAAAUAUGCGACCAGUAGCGAAAUGUCUCGCCAGUACUUUAACGACCUUGAGAAAUCUUGGCCUACUAAUUGCCAAAACCACCUGCGUUGGACAUUCCUUGGGCGCUCACAUUUGCGGCAUUAUGGCAAAUUAUCUUCUCUUCAGAAUGCACAGGAUAAUCGGCUUGGAUCCCGCUCGACCUCUUCUCCGACCAGGCUUAGUGAACCGUUUGGAUUCCGGUGACGCUGAUUUUGUCGAGGUGAUACACACCAACGCCGGAUACUACGGCGAAAUCGGUCGCAUCGGUCACGUAGAUUUUUGCGUAAACGGCGGCAAGGUGCAACCUUUUUGCGAGGAUCGGGAGAUGUAUCAACUGUGUAGCCACGUGUGGGCAGUCUGUUUCAUGGCACAAAGCGUGGACGAUGCCAACCUGAUCGCAGAGUCCUGUUCCAGGAUGUGUCCGUCGGGUCCAAGAAUUGCCGCCAGGGCGGGAGAGUACGUGACAAUGGGUCAGCAUACCCCGUCCUACGCCAGAGGAUCCUUCUGCUUCACUCACUCCGAUCCGCCGUACUGCCCGAAGUACUGGAACGGUUAUGGCGACGAAAGAUGUUGUAUUCCGGAAAUAACCAACGAGGAGAUAGAAGAAAAUAGCGUCAAGUAUGACAACUCAACAAAGCACUCUAAAUCGACUAGGCGUUUAAAUUUCGAACUCGAUUUAACACGACUCCGACAUGUUAAUUAA